AUGAACGGCUCCGCGGCGGGGCUGCCGCCGGGGCUUCCAGCGGGGACGAGCGGCUCGCCGGGAGCCCCGGCGGGGAUGAGCGGCUCGCCGGGAGCCCCGGUGGCCCCGAGCGGCUCGCCGGGAGCCCCGGUGGCCCCGAACGGCUCCGCGGCGGCGGCGGGGCUGCUGGCGGGGGCCGGGGCCGCGGCGCUGGAGCUGGAGCGGGCGCUGCGCUGCUGCACCGCCGCCUCCGUGGUGAGCGACGGCAGCGGCGCGGGCGCGGACGAGCGCAGCGUGUACAUCAUGCGCGUGGUGCAGAUCGCCGUCAUGUGCGUGCUGGCCCUCACCGUGGUGUUCGGCAUCUUCUUCCUCGGCUGCAACCUCCUCAUCAAGUCCGAGGGCAUGAUCAACUUUCUGGUCAAGGAGCGCCGCCCGUCCAAGGAGGUGGAGGCGGUGGUGGUGGGGCCGUACUGACCGCCGGACUGACCGGACUGACCGCCGGACUGACCGGACUGACCGGAGUGACCGGGCUGACCGGGCUGACCGCCCGCAGCCCUCCCGAGAACGCGCGGGCUCGGCUCGGGGCUUUUCCUCCUGAAAAACGCCAGGCAUUCGGAUGGAUCCCGGGAUGCCGGAGGUCGGGAUUUGUUCAGGGUGGCCGCAGCCGCCCGGCCCGGCCCAUCCCGGCCCGGUUCCGCCGCCCGCGGCUGCCGAAGUAAAGCGUGCUCUGAUGGCAA